AUGAGUGACUCAGACAGCCAAAGUGAAGGGAGAAGAAAAAGAUUUGAAUUAUCACUUCUUCCCGAUGACAAGAAGGAGGAAUACAUCUUCUUCCAAAACGUCCUAACUGCUAUUCAGAAUUGGUUCAGUCUUUUUGGUUGGUCAAAGGGACCAAAUCCUGUUUCAAUACCAUAUUCACUAAGACGUGAUAUGUAUAAAGUCCAGCUGACUUCUUCAGAGAUUUUUAAGCAAAAGCUUGGCAAAGAUACUGUUUAUGACAUGUUACUCCAUCUGAGUGGACAGUUGGUACCAGGCAUUACAUCCAGCCAGUCAUUGUCUGUUAACCCAAUUAGAGGAAUAUUGCAGCUCUGCUGGCAGCAUUCUGCCCUGCUUACUUUCCUUGAAAGCCGAGGCGCAUAUCUGCCUUAUGUUUUGCCAGAAUUUCUGCUUGAGCCUGAUGAUUAUAGGAAGUGGAUUACAGCAGAAACAUUUCUGAAGGCUCAAACGGCAGUGUUGAAAAAAGGUGAUGUGACGAACUUGAAGAUAUGGAGUGACAUGCAUUUAUUUAUGCUGGAGAAAAGUGCAUUUGAGAAAAUGAGCAAACGAGCUUGGACAGAUUUGUUACUGCAGGCAUACAAGGUAUUAGUCCUUCCACGUGUUUCUUCACAUAAUAUCAGUGAUCUGUAUGACUCGGAAGGCAUGCAGAGCGUGCCAAGAAUAAAAUCAGAACCUUUAUCCAGCAAUAUUUAUUCUACACAUGAGCGAAUCAUCCUCACCUGGCUGAAUACACAUUAUGAGAAGAAUCGAAAAAUUGUGUGGAAAGAUUGUCAGAAAGGUGAAAUACCACCAAUGAGAUGGAUAAUAAAUUUUGACCGAGAUCUUCUAGAUGGUCUAGUACUGGCAGCACAGCUGGCAGCUUACUGCCCAUAUUUGAUUGCUACUCACUUUGUAAGGAUGUAUACUACUCCAGAAACUCCUGAACAGUGUCUGCACAAUUGUUUGAUAUUUGUGGAUGCUAUGCAUGCUGUCAGUCUGGCUAUAGACAUAAAGGCCACAGACAUCUGUGAUCCGAACCCAAUCAUGAUGCUUAUUCUGUGUGUUUACUUGUACGAAAGGCUCCCUUACUACUUGCCCAAGAAGACUAUUGAAUUUACAGGUGCUUUCCAUGCAACUGUUGUUAAAAAGGUGCAUCUGAAAAACCCAAGCAUUAAAACUUUGAUGUACGACGCUACUCUAGUAGGAAGAGAGGCUGAUGAUUUCUCAUUACCUGACGGAAAUACUGUCAUCAUUCCCCCUAAGGGGCAAGCAAGUGUAAAUGUGGAAUUCACUAGUCGUUUUCUGCACCCUGCUGAAGCGAUGUUGCUCCUGAUUUCAAAGACUGUGGGUGGAAUAGGUGGUGCUACGCUGACAUUCUCUCUGAAAUCUAAAAUCACCCAUAUCGAGCCUGCCGUAAGGUAUCUUAAAAUGCAAAUCCCCAUGUUAUGAGCUGAAGAAAGUUACAUUAAGUGUUACUAAUCCCUUCAGAACUGAUGGCAUAUUCAGAGUCUUUCUGCUGGAAUCCACAAGUUACUUAAGUCGGCCAGAGCAAGUGUGUCAAGCCAGAGAAGUAAAGCAAG